AUGUCCUCCUCUGGCGACGAGGACGACCAGGCAGUCCAGACUUUCUUCGUCCGCGCCCUCUAUGACUACGAGGCACAAGACGCUUCGUCCCUAUCCUUUGUCGAGGGCGAUGUCAUCGAGGUCCUCACUCAGCUACCAUCGGGUUGGUGGGAUGGGCUCCUCGGUGAGGACCGCGGAUGGUUCCCUUCCAACUACGUU